AGUGGAGAAGGAGCUCCCCAUCCCUAGGAGUAUUCAAGCAGAGCAGUCACCCGGCAGAAGAUUCCCACACCUGGAAGGAACAAUCUGAUGCUAUUCCUACGCUAAGAAUCCAGAAUCCACCGGUUAUCAUCGGAUUAGGACUCAACUGAUCGGGGAUCCAAUGUGGGUUCUAUCCUUCCCUUGCUCUGCGCCUUGGCCACCUCUCUGAGUUCAGUUACCUGAUUCAGUGUCACAAUCCUCACUGGGGAGAAUCUGCCGCUCUAGAACAACCACUGCUUUUCACUGCCUUACCAGGUGUUAGGAAAGGGGACUCUGGCCACCUGUGGGACCACUUUCCUAAGGGCAGGCCUGGGAUGCAGCAGCAGGGUGAGGGAGGAGCGUUCGCACUGUGCAUGGUGAUGCCCUGGGGGUGUUCCAUCUGUGCGGAGUCCUUCAGAGUGACCUUGGGCAGCCUCAGCAGAACCUCAUGAAUGUAGACUUGUUUAAAAAAAAAAAGUCCAGCCAGGGCUUUAUGCCCUGCUAGGCUUCCCUCCACUUCCACACGUACCAAGAAGAAAAAGCCAGCCACGGGACUCACUGAAUUAAUGAAUCACUUCUCUUAUCUAUUUUUGCUGUUAUCUAAUUCUGAGAGGAAAGCUGGGAGCCGAGGGAGCCGCUGCCGGGAGAUGUAGCUCACAACGUCUCCCUCCCACUGGCUGAAGCAGGCUGGAGUCUCUGGGCCUGGAGGCUGAUCUGUCCCCGAAAGCUGGCCUCCGGACGAGCCUGGAAGAGCUUCCACUGUAGGGCUGCAGCCGCAGUGAAGGGAAGGAGCCCUCGAGGGCCCUCUUCGCUGGAGCCCUGCUGGAGCCAGCGGCACAGCCUGGGCAUGCCGCUGGCAGAGCACAGCGACUAGGCAGCUGUGGGUGAGCCGAAGGUCGGUCUGCUCAGGGUGUUCGAGCCCAGCCUCGACAACGUCCUGAACACCUCCAGCCUCGGAGGUGGAGUGGACUCCAGCCCUGGAGUGGAGUCAGCCCUCCUGCACUAUCUGCUGGAACAACCACAAAUCCAAUCUGGGAUUUUUCUGAGCAAACCAGAGCCGGGAGGUUGCUCUUCUGAUGCUGGAUUGAAUUCGUAUAUCUUUUGAGGGAGUUGGGCCUCUCCCAUUGAUUUUUGAUCUCCGUUUUCGUGACAGUCCCGCACACCCGCAUUCUAAUUCUUGUGGCUUUGGUUUGCUGUGCCCGCGUGGCUCCUUGACCCGCAAGCGAAGAGAGGACACCGACGCGCAGAGCUUGGGGCGAUGUACCAAAGCCUGGCCAUGGCCGCCAACCGGCCCCCGCCCGGCGCCUACGAGGCGGGCGGCCCGGGCGCCUUCAUGCACGGCGCGGGCGCCGCGUCCUCGCCCGUCUACGUGCCCACGCCGCGGGUGCCGUCCUCCGUGCUAGGUCUGUCGUACCUGCAGGGCGGAGGAGGAGGCGCUGCCUCCGGAGCCGCCUCGGGUGGCAGCUCCGGGGCCGCCCCGUCGGUGCGGGGCCCGGGACCCAGGGGCAGCCCGGGCUGGAGCCAGGCUGGAGCCGAGGGAGCCGCCUACACCCCGCCGCCUGUCCCCCGCUUCUCCUUCCCGGGGACCACUGGGUCCCUGGCGGCCGCCGCCGCUGCCGCCGCCGCCCGGGAAGCCGCAGCCUACAGCACUGGCGGCGGGUCUGCUGGAGCGGGCCUGGCCGGCCGAGAGCAGUAUGGGCGUCCGGGCUUCGCGGGCUCCUAUUAGCCCUACCCGGCCUACAUGGCCGACGUGGGUGCGUCCUGGGCCGCGGCCGCCGCCGCCUCUGCAGGCCCCUUCGACAGCCCAGUUCUGCACAGCUUGCCCGGACGGGCCAACCCUGCGCGACACCCCAAUCUCGUAGAUAUGUUUGAUGACUUCUCAGAAGGCAGAGAGUGUGUCAAUUGUGGGGCCAUGUCCACCCCACUCUGGAGGCGAGAUGGGACAGGACACUACCUGUGCAAUGCCUGUGGCCUCUACCACAAGAUGAACGGCAUCAACCGACCCCUCAUUAAGCCUCAGCGCCGGCUGUCCGCUUCCCGCCGAGUAGGCCUCUCCUGUGCCAACUGCCAGACUACCACCACCACACUGUGGCGCCGCAAUGCCGAGGGUGAACCUGUGUGCAAUGCCUGCGGCCUCUACAUGAAGCUCCACGGGGUACCCAGGCCUCUUGCAAUGCGGAAGGAGGGAAUUCAAACCAGAAAACGAAAGCCCAAGAACCUGAAUAAAUCUAAGACAACAGCAGGUCCUCCUGGUGAGAGCCUCCCUCCCACCAGCAGCGCCUCCAGCAACUCCAACAACGCCGCCACCAGCAGCAGCAGUAGCAGCAGCGAAGAGAUGCGCCCCAUCAAGACAGAACCUGGGCUGUCAUCUCCCUAUGGGCACAACAGUACCUCCAUAUCCCAGGCAUUCUCUGUCAGUACUGUGUCCGGCCACGGGCCCUCCAUCCAUCCAGUGCUGUCGGCUCUGAAGCUCUCCCCACAAGGCUAUGCAUCUCCUGUCACUCAGACAUCACAGGCCAGCUCCAAGCAGGACUCUUGGAACAGCCUGGUCCUGGCUGACAGUCAUGGGGACAUAAUUACCGCGUAAUCAUCCCCUCUCCCUCUUCAAAUUCCUGCUCGGACUUGGGACCUGGGGGCCAGCAAAGUCUGCGGCUGGGGCGCGUUGGCCAGCCCCUUUGUCUGGGAACAACUCCCGAAGAACAACUGGGUAGAACUUGAAGUUGUUGGCAAUCGCUUAGGGAUGUGGGUGCUGGGUUUCUUCAGACACCCUUUCCAGGUGGAGCGCUGGAGAGAGCCUGCAUUCUUAGAGACGGAGCCCACCUUCAUUGUGAGCGCAGCACAAUGAGGCUCUUCCAUGUAGCAGGAGACUUCUUUCUCAUUCUCCACCUGCCUGUCCAGGACAGAGACAUAAUCUCCUUCACCCAACCCUUCACCCCAGGGGUUCUAGGUAGUGGGUUUUUCCUUGUGCUCCUAGGGUGGCUGUAGGGGCCCCGGGGCUUCCAGACACCGUCUACAGCCUGAGCAGGGUGUCUACCUGAUGUGGACUGGAUGCGGCAGCCCUGCCCUUGUCCAACACUCCCCUUGAGGCAUGGCGUGUCCCUGCAUGCCCCAUACCAGAUCUGACUCCAAAAGUGCUGGCUGCGAUGCAGAUGUUACCGAGUGCUCCCUGGGGAGAUGGUGGAGAAGGCCCAUCACACAGGAUGUUCAUCCAAUCACAGCCCAGCAGUGGUGCCUUCCCUUCUUCCUCCCAGGACCUCCAACAUUAAACCCCUUGCUUUCCAGCCUGAACAUCUCCCACCCCCUGCAAAGCUAGAGCUCAGUUGUGUAGCAGGCUACUGCCACCUGGUGCUGCUCCCACGCGCAGGGGUUCCACGGAGGGACAAAGCCGGCCACCAAAGCAGGCUGGUGACUGCACUCAUCUGCACCUUGGGUCCCUCUGGAGGUUGUGUCUACCGCACAAUCCUGUUCCCAGGACUCCAGCUUGCUUGCUCUGAGCCUGCCAAGCCAUCCAUGGCCUCUCAAGUCAGUUACCUGGAUCUGGGCCUUUCUCCAGCACAGAUCCUUUGUCUAGGAAAUACAGAGUGUUUGCAACAUAAAUUCAAAGCAGAAAACAACAAAGCGAAAUUUGUGAAAGGACAAAGGUGACGGAUGGAAGAUGUCUCGGAGCCUGAUGGGAUUGCCAUGCUUAUAGCUGUCCUAGAAUUGGCCUUCUCCCUCUCCCAUUACUGGGGCCCCCAAAGAUUCUUCCUUGUCCUCCUCACCCACAGAGCUGUAGCCAACUAUGGCAUUACCCCCUUGUUCCCCCAAACUCCCAGCCCCCACCCCUAAACCCUGCCGGCCGUAGCAGAGAAUAGCUUUGAACCCAGAUUCUGUUGUAAUCAUCAUUUACACUGUGUUCUUCCUCAAGGCUGCCCUCCAUGCCUCCCCGCCUCCACAACCUGUUAACAUUGUCUUAAGGUGAAAUGGCUGUAAAAUCAGUAUUUAACUAAUAAAUUUAUCUGUAUUCCUCUUC